UGAAACGAUAAAGUAUAAAUUAAGAAUGAUUGUAAGCUCGGUGAUUGGCUACCACAAGAAGGCUCGACUUAUGCAUUUAAAAAUAAAUUAACAUCUAUUGCAGUAAACUCUCUUGCACUUAACAUUUAUUCCUCGUUCUACAUACAACACUCUCUUACUACACACUUGACACAACAUAAACCUCGUCCGUAUAAUAAAAUACAUACAUCCAACAAAACUCAAACAGUAAUACUGUAAAGUUAAAUUGAAACCGGGCAGUGCACUCGUGUCGUCUCGUGAGUAAAGUCUCCAUCCUCUCUAUUAAUAUUUAAAGAUAUUACAUCAGAUCACUAAACUAAAUCUCAUCUUUAUUUAACUUUUAUUACAACAAAUUCAAAACCAUUUACACAAGUACCCCCACUCCUUACUCCUUUUCAAAUUCAAAAGUUUAAUUUUAAACCGGCGUUUAAAAAGUACAUCGCUGCGUAAUUUUUAAAUAAUUUGAAAGUUUUAUUCUGUCAUACAUUACUACAUUAUCAUUAUUAUUAUCAUCUUUAUUACAUUACCGAACACUACAUAACAACACAAACAUCUACAUAUAUCUAUCUAUAUGUAUAUAUAUAUACAAACAUACAUACACAUACGCGCUCGCUAGUAACAUCAAAUUUGAUAUUCGAAGGUUAUCAUAAAUAUAUAACAUAUGAACACGUGUAACACAGCUAUUAUUAUUAUAGUUAUUAUUUAACAAAUAGAAUAAACAAUUGGAACAAUAAUUAUUAAUUCGAAAAUACUACAGUAAAUAUAUUUAUUAUAUAUUAUAAUUAAAAUAACAAUAAGACAAGUAAGCGGAACAGUUUAUUUAAAUACAAGCAAUUGCUGUGAAUACGACGUAAGACAUAACCUAAAAAUUCAAACGUAAUAAAAGUUAUUAAAAAAAAUAUAAUUACAGCAAGUAAACACUGAUUGAGAUUACUGGAUAACUGUGAGAAAUGUUAGUAAUAUCUCGGAGGUGAAAUGUCCCGAAGUCUGCCAGACAGAGUAGCGGGGCUGUAUUAUGCCCAUGGUCUUUUUUGUUCAUCUCAUCCUGUUGCUGUUCUUUCAUUGGCGAUAUCUAUUAUAUUAAUAUGUUGUUACCCGAUAGUAAAUCUGCCAAUGCCUGGCAAUGCACCCAAAGUAGUUAUCAAUACGACAGUGACAAAUGAAUCAAAUGAAUCGGAAAGUUCAUUGCUGUAUGUCCAGCAAGUAUCUCUGAGAGUUGGAGUCGUACCAUGGGCCGAAGAUCUUGCUCUGUCUGAUGCUUUUAGGGCACCGCUUUAUGAAGUUUUUAAUUUACUGGAAAUAAUACAAAACUACCAGGAUCCAGAGACAUUAAAAACUCUGGGUAAUAUGUGUCUUCAUAUAGAAGCUAUAAAAAAAAGAAAUAAUAAAAACCCUGAAAUAUUACCUGAGUAUAAUUGUCUCGUGCUGUCACCUGCAAAUUUAUGGCAACAGAGUAUUGAAAUGUUCAAUCGCGAUACUGAUAUUUUAGGCACAAUAUUUUCUUAUCAGAAUCUUCAAAAGGGUAAAAUAAGUCUCGCUGAAAUGGUUUUUGGUAUGAAUUUAAAAGAAACUGGAGUAAGACGUUAUCCAGUCCGGGUAAGACAAAGAAUAUUACAGUACGCAGUAACAAUAUUUCUUAAAGAAUACAAUCCUAGAUUUAUCAACGGCUUAAAAAAUCGCCUAACAAAUUACUACAGUCUCCACCAAUCAAAAAACAACAGUACAAGUUUGCCUUCCGACGAAACACUUGAUAUAUUCUAUCCCGGGGAAUUUAAUUACAGCGAUUUUUUUCCGCUGAUGAUGACAUUUUUCGCGUUGUUUUUUUACGUCUACUUUUCAGUCCGUAAAAUAGAAUUAAUAAAAUCAAAAGUCGGUGUGGCAUUUAGUGCAACGAUAACCGUAAUAUCAUCGUUAUCAAUGACUGUAGGAAUAUGUUUUUUCUUUGGAUUGACUCUCAGUCUCAGUGGAAAAGAAGUUUUUCCAUAUCUAGUGAUAAUUGUCGGCCUUGAAAAUGUGCUGAUUUUAACAAAAAGUGUCGUCAGUACGCCAGCUCAUUUAGACAUAAAAAUCCGCGUCGCUCAAGGACUGUCCAAGGAAGGAUGGUCGAUAACAAAAAAUUUAUUAACCGAAGUUACUAUUUUAACAAUUGGUUUAUUUACAUUCGUACCAGCAAUCCAAGAGUUUUGUAUAUUUGCAAUUGUCGGUUUGCUGAAUGAUUUUUUUCUCCAAAUUGUUUUCUUUUCCACGAUAUUGGCUGUCGAUAUCCGCAGAACUGAGUUCUCAAGUGAAAACACCAAGUUUCACUUUACAAACUUCCCUUCAAUGCGCAAACAGCAAUUCACGUCAACGAUUAUCAAUCACAGCAAUAACGGCUACAAGAAGCCAAAUAUAAUUCGUUCAAAGUCACACCCACGUUUGAAUGGUAUGACUUCAUCAGGGCCGACAAAUGUAAUAGCGCCGACUUCACAAAAUACUUAUACGCUUGUUAAAAUACCUAAGCGUCUAAGACUAGUACACUUUUGGGCACGCACACGAAUAUUCCAACGUGCAUUUAUGGUCUGGAUGGUCGUAUGGAUAAGUAUGAUAAUAUAUAACUCGGGAAUAAUUGAGCACUUGAUACAUCUCAGCGAUACGCUCAAGUCAGACUCAGAGAUGUACGGCUACACGGUCGACAGACCGCGAACAUUUAAAAAUUAUGUUGAGCUUAAAACCACAAAACCCGUUGUCACAACGACAAUAUUACCUAGUAUACUUAAUAAUACGAGUAAUAAUAAUAAUUAUAGCAGUAAUAACAACAUCAGUAACAGUAAUCGAGCUCAUGAUACAAAUAAUAUAACAGAAGAAUUGAAUAAAUUAAAACCUGUUGAUUUUCCACCAUGGAACCGUCUCUCGCUCUAUCACUGGUCAUCUAUUCUUGCGAUGUAUAAUAUAUCAAUUGCCGGCGAACGUAUUACUGUACUGCCGACAAUAAAAAUAGCACAUACUGUUAAUCCGGAAGUUGCUAGACAACUAAGUAAUCCUGAUGAUAUCCAACAAUUUCAGUGGCAGAGUUUGGCUACCGCUGCUUUGGAUCCUUUAGACUUUUCUGAUAUUGAAGUACCGACUAGAGAAAGCCGAGGGUUUAAUACGGAUGCGCCAUUUGUACCAUCAAGCCCGAUGGAGAUAUUUUUGGCAGCGUUGCUGUGUUUAAUAAGCGUUAUUGUCGUUGCUUAUACAAUGGUAGUGUUGUAUAGGUGCAUUUGCACACGAAAUUACGCUGAGUGGAGAGCAAGUUGGCAUCAGCAAGAAAAAACUCAAGACUCAUCAACGCAACUGGUACUGGAAGCUUUGCCGCUGGUGUUAGACGGGCACGCGCAGGAGAUUGAGUGUCUUGCUACUGAUGGCAACACGAUUGCCAGCACCUGCCUCGCUGGACAUAUUAAAGUUUGGGACGCAACUACCGGUGACAUGCUGGCUCACAUAGAUCGUAAAAAGUUCUUCAGUACACCCCAACGUGACACCGUAAACGCGACACCAGAGCCCGAUGAGUUGAUGUCAGAUUACGAAAGUGGUUCCCCGCCAUCGCGCGGUGAAUUUGACUCACAUUCAUUUGGUCUUUAUUCCGCAACAGUGGGCCCACAAAAGUCACCUGGAUCAAACAGUUACCAGCGUAUUGAGCAAAUAAAAAAACGUCAUUCGACUCAUUCAUUAGACUACGAGUACCAUCAGAUAAAUGAGUUUUCAAAUAAUGAAAAACGUAAAUCACUCGGUCGAUUAUCUAAUCGCGAAGCUUUUGAAUUUCCUGAUUUUCGGCCACUUAUAAAUACUAAAUUUAGUGUCUCUCCAGUGCCUAAACAGAAUAAAAAUUAUGACAAUGGCUUUGACUAUGGUGAUAAUUACAAACAAUUAUUUGACCAACAUAUUAAGACUCUUAAUGACAUUGAUAAAUGUGCUAGCAGUGAAUAUUUAACAGGCAGUACAUCAACGCUUAAUAAUAAUGAUUUUUUGACAGACAGUGCUACGUCAUUGAAUACAAAUAGAACAACUCAAUCAUACAAUAUUGCGCCUAUUUGGUGUAUAGAUUAUCAAGACAAUAUAAUUGUCGUAGGCUGUGCUAACGGUGCUCUAGAAUUUUGGGAAGGCGCCACUGGACUGUUCAAGUGUUUCUUUGAUGACGGGUCUGGCUUGGGUAUAUCAGCUGUAAAAUUAGCUUAUAAUAGAGUUAUUGCCGCUAAAUUAAACGGAUCAGUGGACUUUUUGGAGCUGGAACAACACAACGAGGGUCAUCAUGUCGGCUGGGGAUUUACAUCUGGCCGCAGAACCCACGUGAGAACGGGGAGCGCGGGCUCUCCGAUGGAUAUUAAUAAUUUGCAACCACCUGCCAAAGAAGAUUUUAGGUGCAUAAAAAAAGGCUCGCAUCGCGCGCAUCAGCAGGCCAUCACUGUGUUGGACAGCGAGGGCGGGCGCGUGGUUACUGGGAGCCAAGACCACACGCUCAAAGUAUUUAGGCUCGAGGAUCUCGUUCCUAUGUACACUUUGCAUGGCCACUGCGGCCCGAUAUCGUGUCUGUUUAUCGAUAGGAUAAGUCCUAUGACGUCGGGCAGUGGGUCUCAGGACGGAUUACUCUGUGUCUGGGAUUUACUUAAUGGUACAUGUGUGUACAGCAUACAAGCACAUGAUGGCGCAAUAGCAGCAAUAACUUGUUCAGCGUCAUAUGUAAUUAGCAUUGGCACUGACGAGAGACUUUGCGUUUGGGAACGUUUUCAAGGUCAUCUUUUGCAUACCCUACCGGCACAUAGGGCUGCUUAUAGUCUUCAGUUAGUUAUGCUGACGCAUCAAUUACUUAUUACAAGUAAUCAGGACUCUCUAGUUGUCUGGGAUGUAAGAACAGGUGAGCCAAUGAGAGAAGUAAGAUUAGGCCACAAAGACAGUUGUGUUUAUGUUAAACAAAUGCUGGCACUUCGAGACAGCAUUGUCUGUGACUUUGGUCGGCAAUUAUGUAUUGUCAGAUUCCCCUUGGUUUCUGAUAAACUAGACUGAGAUCAUUAUAUGUCAGUGUAUAUAGCUAGCAAUUUACUUUUAAUUGUUUAAUAUAAUUAAACUCUCAUCAUAAUUAUCAUCAUUAUAUUUUUUUAUAAAACUUAUUGUUCACUCGGUAAUUGUUUUAUUUUCAGAUUCAUAACAUUUUAAUUUACUUAUUACUUAUUAAUUUUUUUAUUUACAUAAACGUCUGUUAUUCUGUACCAUGUAUGCGCACUGAUAUAAAUAUUUUUAUAGUGACAGUUUAUUUUUUAUUUUAUUGUCAAAUGGCUGUGCAGAGUAAAAUGUUUUUUUUUUUUUUGUUAACGCAAAUUGUUUAAUAAUCAAUUUAAAAAUUUAUCGGAUAUUAAAUAUCAAUGCAAUGAUUUAGAGAAAUAAAAUAGUCUUUUAAAUAAAAAUAUAUGUCGUGUAAAUAGUGAAGAAAUAAAUAAAUAAUGAGGCAAGAUAUUGUUUGAAUAAAUCAAUUUUAUAAAAUAUUAAGUGUAAAAGAUAAGUACAUUAAUUUGUUGAUUGAAAGUUAUGUCUUUAUUAUGAAUUAUAAAAAUUUUAAAAAGUUGGAAAAAAUAAAUAAGUCGAUAUAUUUUUUAUUAAUUACUAUUAGUGUAGUUUGUUUUGAGGAAUUGUUAAUUAAUUAAAAUUAUGCGCAUCACGUAGACUGAUGCAAUUGUCCGUGCCUUCAUUACAUCCGUCAUUGUAGUUAUAUUGAUCAUUACAUAUAUAAAUAAAUUAAAUAAAUCUUGACGAAAAAUAAUUGUACAGGAUAAUAUAUAGAAAUUAAUUUUUAACUAAAGACUUGUAAUUAAUAUUUUUUUAUUGUCCAAAUAAAUAUAUUAAUAUUAGAAGUGUGCGAAUCGAAUCAAAUUAUUUAUAAAUUUUUGAAUUAUCCGGAAGUUUUUAAAUUAUUUUAAACUUUUCAAAUUACUCGAUUUGAAUCGAAAAAUUUUUGAUCAGCUUUCAAAUAUUCAAUUUUUAUUUAAUAGAGAAUUGAGUUCUUUAAAUUAACCAAAAAUAAUUAUGAAACUGAAAUCAGCUGACGUCUAAUAAUCUUUCGAAUUUAUUAAAAAGUAUGAAUUGUAAAAAAAAAAUCACAUUUUAUAAAAUUGCACUUGUAGUUUUUUUAAUUUUCCACAUGUGCAUAUUUUUAGAUUUUUUAUAAUUUUUAGUUGGCUGCUAACUUCAAGAUCAUAAACAAUCAUUCCGUAAAUUUGAAUCUAACCUCUAUUUACUUCUGAUAAAAAUUUGAAUUAUUGGAAAAAAUAUUACAAUUUUAUGUUUUUCAAAAAAAAAUUUUUGAAUAAUUCGAAAAAUUUGAAUUAUUCGAUUUGAAAUUUGAACUCUAUGCACACUCCUAAUAAAUAAUGAUACUGAAGUGAGCCGAUGUUAAAAAUUUUUGGAUUUUGUUUCAAAACGACAACUUCUUAAAAAAAAAAUAUUUUAAAAAAUUGCACUUACAGUUUUUUUAAUUUUCUACAUGUGCAUAUUUUUAGUUUUUUUUUUUAACUUCAGGAUCAUAAUAACUAUCUAUAAUUGUUUCAUUUCUAGUAAUAAUAUAGACGUUAUAUAUAUUUGAAAUACAGUCUUGUUUUAAAAUAAAAAAUACUGUGAUUGAAUAAUUUUUUUUUUUAAAUACAGAGCUUUGAUAAUUAUGCUGCCGAUUUAUUUAUUUUUAUUUUUUAAUUUAAACUGUUAAAUAAAAUAUUUAAAUAAGUAACUAAGUAGCAAACAUAUAAUUGUAAUUAAUAGUGUAGACGAAAUGACAAAUUUUUUUAAUGGCGGGUUAUAUAUUUUUGUAUGUACAUUCCGUAAAAAUAGUUAAUAAAUAAAUAUCAAUAUCAUAUAUACUUUAAUAGUAGUUUGUAAUAAAGGUGCAAUCAAUAUUUUCUUUUCUUUUUUUUUUUAAAUAAAAGUAUACGAUGCUUAUAAUAAAAAUUAAUGAAAUAUGUUGAAUAUAAUUAAUCGGUCUGCAGAUAUAAGAAUUUUUAUAUUU